AUGAAAAACAAGGACCUUGCUUACGCGAUGACCCCACUGAAAAUCCUGUCGUGGCCUAUUGGCACUUGGCCUCUUCAAGAAUACAACGCAUUUUCCUUCGCACGCUUCGGCUUCACGACUUCCGUUCUGUUUUUAUCGCUGCUCGUAACAAACGCGGAAUUCGUGUGUACGCGCGGUAGCGACCCGGAUAAGGACAUGUAUGCCGUGAUGUUACUUGUUUGUAACAUCUUGGCACUCUCGAAAAUAACGUAUUUUCGUGUUCAUUCAGCGAAACUGAUCUUCAACUUCGUCUCGGCCGUAAAGGAUUACAACGAGCUCGACAAUGAAAAGAAACGAGCGAUCAUGCGACAGCACGCUCGCAUGAGCAGACUAACGUUCGUUGGUCUGAUGUCCUCCGCUACCGUCUGCUCGGCAUUUCUUACUUUUCUGCCAGUGUUAAAGCGAAACGAAAACUCGAUCAAUAUGACGUUUUCGGAGUUAUUAAAAUACCCAAUACCUUCCGAACAAGUUAUAACGUCGUUAGAAUUACCCGAAUAUCUGUACCUGCUAAUUUUCACUAUGGAAUUCAUGACGUUGCCGCUUAUCAGCGCGGGCAAUCUCGGCAGCGACAUAUUAUUCUUUGGUAUCGUCUUUCAUGUGUGCGGUCAAGCAGAGAUACUGAAAAUGGAGUAUAACCAAGUGACCGAUGGAAGCACCGAGAAAUUUCAUGCGUUGAUCAAACGGCAUGGUUAUUUGUUGAAAUUGACCGAGAUGUUGAACGACGCGGUCAGUUCUGUUUUGGCCAUACAAUUGUUAUCCAGUUGCAUACUCAUCUGCGCGUGUGAUAUGCAGUUUCUCCUUAUUCAGCAGGACGGGAAUAUCGCGAGUGUGGCGAGAACGGCCAUCACGAUGAUCAUCUUAAUGAUACAAUUAUUCGCGUACAGUUACGUGGGUAAUUAUUUGAAGUGCCAAAUGGCUGGCGUUGGAUACUCUUUGUAUAGCUGCACUUGGUACAACUUUUCCACAAAUGUGGCAAAGGAGAUUAUUUUCGUCAUACUGAGAGCUCAGAAACCAGCCCACUUGGUGGCUGGAAAAUUCACCGUUGUCAAUCUGGAAACCUUCACGAGUAUUUUAAAAACUUCGAUGUCGUGCCUAUCGGUCGCUCGCGUAAUGAUGAGUAGAUGAAUUCCCGAUA